GGCGCGUGUUGUCGUGUGAAGCUUGACGCCGGUCUAAGCCGGACGCUGAUGCGGAUCUUUAGCUUCGGUCUUUUGGAAGUUGAGACGCGUCUAACGUGGUGCAGUCGCUGCUCAUUCUGGUUGUAUUGGGAGGACUUGUGAUGGGGCACAGGGUUGUACUCGGAGUUCCGCGGCGCCGUCCCGUCCAGCUUCUGCCGCCACUCAUGCUCCUCGUCAUCCUGCUGGCAGCGGUUUGGGCAGAGAGCCAAGACUACUACAGUCUGCUGGGAGUCAGCAGAGAGGCCACGACCAGAGAGAUCCGACAGGCCUUCAAGAAGCUGGCGCUCACCAUGCACCCUGACAAAAACCCUGGCGACUCCUCAGCCCAUGAGAAGUUCCUGCAGGUGAAUCGAGCCUACGAGGUCCUAAAGGACCAAGACCUCAGGAAGAAGUAUGAUAAAUAUGGCGAGAAGGGAUUGGACGAGCAGCAGCAGGGAGGACGCUACGAGAGCUGGAACUACUAUCGAUAUGACUUUGGUAUCUACGAUGAUGAUUUGGAGAUCAUCACGUUGGACAGUGGAGACUUUGAGGCAGCAGUAAACUCUGGAGAAAUCUGGUUCAUCAACUUCUAUUUCCCACGAUGUUCACACUGUCACCAGCUGGCGCCAACGUGGAGGGAGUUUGCCAAGGAGAUGGAUGGAGUCAUCAGGAUUGGAGCAGUGAACUGUGGAGACAACAACCACCUCUGCAGGAGGAAAGGCAUCAACAGCUACCCCAGUCUGUUUAUAUACAGAGCAGGACAGAAACCAGAGAAGUUUAAUGGGGAGCGUUCUAAAGACGACCUGGUCCGCUUCUCCAUGCAGUUCAUCACGACAACCGUCACUCAGCUCUGGCAAGGUAACUUGUUCAGCGAAAUAGAGAGUGCAUUUUCGUCAGGGCUCGGCUGGCUGAUCACCUUCUGCUCUGACACUGGAGAUUGCCUGGAGCCAAGAACAAGACAAAAAGUGGCUGCAAUGUUGGAUGGUCUAGUUAAGGUGGGAUGGAUUGACUGCCCCUCGCAGGAACAGCUCUGUGACAGCUUCCAGGUGACCAGUGGAGCAACUGCUUUGUUCCCACCUGGAAGUUCUCUGGAUCAACAAGGCAGUGUACUGUGGCUGAAUACUCUGGACAGUAAAGAGAUUUACAAUCAGGUCAUCAACCAUCUGCCUGAUCUGGAACUGCUGACCAGUGACAGCUUCAAGAGGAAGCUGGCCCGUCAUCGCUGGUUGGUGAGUUUUACGUUUGGAGACAGAAGCCCCACCUCCACUGAGUACAAGAAGCUACAAGCUUUCCUCCGACAGGACCACAUUCAGGUUGGCAGAGUGGACUGUAUAGAAGACUCAGAGUUGUGUCAGUCUCUCUAUAUCCAUAAACCAUGUGUAGCUGUCUUCAAAGGACUGGGAAUCCACGACUUUGAGAUCCACCACAGUAAAGAUGUGUUGUACAACAUUGUGGGUUUUGCAAGGGACAGCGUCCGUGCUCAUGUGACGACUCUGAGACCUGACAACUUUCCCUCAGACAGAAAGGAGCCCUGGCUGGUUGACUUCUUUGCUCCGGUCGAGCAGACAUUCAGAUCUGGGCGGUGGAUUUCUAUGCUCCAUGGUGUGGUCCCUGUCAGGCUCUGAUGCCAGAGUGGAGACGCAUGGCCAGGCUGCUGUCAGGUCAGAUCCUCGUUGGUUCUGUUGACUGUCAGCGGUUUCAGUCCUUCUGUCAGAGUCAGAAUGUGAGGGCAUACCCUGAAAUCCGCCUGUACUCCGGCAAUGCCCGGCAGCCAGAACGCUACACGAGUUAUAAUGGUUGGCACAGAGAUGCCCAUUCACUGAGAGCAUGGGCACUGAGCUCUUUACCCAGAGCCUCGGUGGACCUGACCCCAGAGUCCUUUAGGUCUCAAGUUUUGUCAGGUCAGGAUCACUGGGUUCUAGAUUUUUACGCCCCUUGGUGUGGACCCUGUCAGCACUUCGCCCCAGAGUUUGAGGUCCUGGCUCGGAUUCUUAAAGGUGAGGUUCGGGCAGGGAAAGUGGACUGUCAGGCUCAUCAUCAGACCUGUCAAUCAGCCGGAAUCACUGCCUACCCGACGGUCAGAUUCUACCCGUACCUUGGGACAAGGAGGCAUGAACACAGCGGUGAACACAUCAACAGCCGGGAUGCUAACGUGAUUGCUGACAUCAUCAGACAGCGUCUAGACCAGCUGUCGCCGCGGUUACACAGCAAACCGAAG